GCUUGACCGACACUUGCAGGGCCAAGAUUUAAAUUCCUGGACAGCACCCGACUGCGGCCUGCUUUUAGUAGAGAUUUCGUGCCAUUGACCGUUAGCAAGGCGUCCCGUGUCUUCCCUCUUCUGCUACCUGGGUUUGAAUUACCGUCAAUGGUGGGCACCUUCGUUGCAAUUGACUCAUCCGAGGUCCAGUCGCGUUGCAAUUCCCUAGUCAACCCCCCUCGUUAAUUCGGCUGUUCGUCUCUUGAGGAAGCCUUACCGGUCCGCUUCCCUCUGAUCUAGUCCGCUCCCUCCACCCCUUUGCGCCGGCCGGCUCCUAGAUCCUGCUUGACGAAACGGCCGCUGCAACCUCCAGUAAUGCUCUCUGCCUGUGCCGUUGCCCUCAGGGCGGGCGCACGCCGCAGCGUGCGCCGCUUGCCCGGCAAACACCGUGUCGCUGCCGUUCCGACGGCUCUACGCCGCCAACAACCAUUUUCGUCAUCUACAGCCCGAAGCACCGAUCUUAGCACGAGGGGCAUGAUUGUGCAAACUCUCUCGUCCGUGGGGUCCAAGCGCGAAGUCCAGCAGUACCUGUCGUUGUUCACGUCAGUCUCAUCACAGCGCUUCGCCGUAAUCAAGGUUGGCGGCGCCAUUCUAACCGACUACCUCGACGAGCUAUGCUCAAGCCUGGCCUUUCUCUACACCGUCGGCCUCUCCCCCGUCAUUGUUCAUGGCGCCGGACCCCAGCUCAACAGCCUGCUGGAGCAGGCCGGCAUCGAGCCUCAAUUCGAAGAAGGCAUCCGAGUGACAGACGCCAAAACUCUCCGUGUUGCUCGCGACCUGUUCCUGCAGGAAAACCUCAACCUGGUGAACAAGCUGGAGGAGAAAGGUGUCCACGCACAGCCCCUGACUACUGGCAUGUUCAGGGCUGAAUAUCUGGACAAGAACAAGUGGGGAUACGUUGGAAAGAUUACGGGUGUCAACAAGCAGUCAAUUGAAACCGCCAUCAAUAACGGCUAUCUCCCCAUACUUACCUCGAUGGCCGAGACCGACGACGGCCAGAUUCUCAACGUCAACGCCGACGUCGCUGCCGCCGAGCUGGCCCGUGCGCUGGAACCCCUGAAGGUAGUUUAUUUGUCCGAGAAGGGGGGGUUAUUCGAUGCUGCUGGGCAAAAGAUCUCAGCCAUCAACCUUGACGAGGAGUAUGAGCACCUCAUGUCGCAAUCCUGGGUCAAGUAUGGCACCAGGUUAAAGAUCAAGGAGAUCAAGGAGCUACUGGAUACUCUGCCACGGGCAACCAGCGUCGCCAUCAUUCACCCCGGGGAGCUCCAAAAGGAGCUCUUCACUGAUUCUGGAGCCGGGACUCUCAUCCGCCGCGGGAACAAACUGCUCUCGGCCACCAGCCUCUCCGACUUCAAGGACAUCGAGGCUCUGAAAACGGUCCUGAUUCGUGAUCGCGAAGGCCCAGAUGCGAUGGCAACUGUGGAAAAGUAUCUUGACUUUUUGGCCGAAAACAAGUUCAAGGCGUACUACGAUGGCCCAAUGAAUGCCCUUGCCAUCGUCAUACCGGCGAGCCACGGGCGCCAGGCUACACUUGCCACACUGACCAUCACCAAAUCUGGCUGGCUUACCAAUGUCGCUGACAACAUCUUCACCGCCCUUCGAAAGGAACAUCCUCAGCUUGUCUGGACCGUCAAGGAAGACGACGAGAAUCUUGGCUGGUUUUUCGACAAGGCGGAUGGCAGCGUCACGCGGAACGGCGAUGUUAUGUUCUGGUACGGCAUUGAAAAUGGCGACGAAAUUGUGCAAUUGAUGAAGGACUUCACUCAGAAUGGCCGAGCGAUGCUUGGGGACUCUAACCUAGAAUCCAGGCUGCAUCGUGCUGCUAAGAACGGACAGAGGUCUUCGGCGCCGCAAGCUCAGCAGGCCCGAGGCUACUCAACCCUCGCCCGCCGUCCAAUCCUCUCAGCUCCCAUCUUCGGGCAGGCUGGCAAGAGAGGAUAUGUUACCCAGACCAACCCUAACCCACCAUAUGGAAAGAAAAACGCAUCGCGAUCUCAACCCGCCCGGGUAGCACUUAUCGGAGCUCGUGGCUAUACGGGCCAAGAAUUGAUUCGUCUGAUCAACUCGCACCAGAACAUGGACCUCCGUCACGUCUCAUCUCGCGAGCUUGCUGGCCAGAAGCUUGAGGGCUAUGACAAGCGGGAGGUCAUUUACGAGAAUCUGAGCCCCGAGGAUGUCCGGGAUAUGGAGAGUCGGGGCGAGAUCGAUUGCUGGGUCAUGGCUCUGCCCAACGGCGUGUGCAAGCCCUUUGUCGAGGCGGUUUGGGAGGGCCGCAAGGCGUCAAACCACAAGAGCGUCAUCGUGGAUCUUUCGGCCGACUACCGUUUCGACAACGCAUGGACCUACGGCCUCCCCGAGUUAAUCCAAAGGUCGGCAAUCACGCAAGCCACUCAAAUCUCGAAUCCUGGCUGCUACGCCACGGCCGCGCAACUUGGCAUCGCGCCCCUCGUGCCUCAUCUUGGCGGAAUGCCCCACGUGUUCGGCGUCUCCGGGUAUUCGGGCGCCGGGACCAAGCCAUCUCCCAAGAAUGAUGUCAAUCUUCUUACCAACAACAUUAUGCCGUACAGCCUGACGGGCCACAUCCACGAGCGUGAAGUAAGCAGCCAGCUGGGCGCCCAAGUGGCAUUCAUACCUCACGUGGCCGUUUGGUUCAGGGGUAUCCAUCUCACCAUUUCGAUCCCCCUGAACCAGACUAUGACCUCACGCGACAUUCGCCAGAUCUACCAGGACAGAUAUGCCGGUGAGAGACUCGUCAAGGUGGUUGGGGAGCCGCCCCUGGUCAAGGACAUUAGCGGGAAGCACGGCGUCAUGGUUGGUGGCUUCGAGGUGGACAAGACUGGGAAGCGGGUUGUGGUUUGCGCCACCAUCGAUAACCUAUUGAAGGGCGCUGCCACCCAAUGCUUGCAAAAUAUGAACCUUGCCCUGGGAUACGCCGAGUACGACGGCAUCCCUCCCAAGCCGAAGAGAGCUCCAUUAUCUCCAUCACGAAGCGCCCAUUUCGGUAUACAUCUCGCCAUCAUGAUUGACCUUCCCCUAGACCAUGGCUCCCUCGAGCAUCUUCUGCCGGCAUCCUGGAAAACGCAGAUCACGGCGUGGCUAGCUGAGGACACGCCUUCCUUUGACGUGGGUGGAUUCGUGGUCGGUGACGAGCCGCGGACGGCAACGCUCUGGGGCAAGUCGCCGGGAAUCCUGGCCGGCAUCCCCUUCUUCAACGAGGUCUUUGCCCAGUGCGGGUGCACGGUGCAGUGGCACGCCCGCGAGGGCUCGCACAUUGAGACGCACGGCGGCAAGACUGCCCUCGCCACGGUGAGCGGGCCGGCGCGGGGCCUGCUGGAGGGCGAGCGUGUGGCACUCAACAUCCUGGCCCGCUGCUCCGGCAUCGCAAGCAUGAGCCGGAGGCUGUUGGUCAAUCUCCGUAGUGCCGGCUACAAGGGUACUCUCGCAGGCACGCGCAAGACUACCCCUGGAUUCCGUCUCGUGGAAAAAUACGGUAUGCUGGUGGGCGGCGCCGACACACACCGCAUGGAUUUGAGCACCAUGACUAUGCUCAAAGACAACCACGUGUGGAGCCGCGGCAGCAUCACCCAGGCGGUGAAGGCGGCCAGGGCCGCCGGCGGCUUUAGCUUGAAGAUUGAGGUCGAGGUGCAGAGCGAAGAAGAGGCCGAUGAGGCAAUUGCCGCCGGGGCCGAUGUCAUCAUGCUGGACAACUUCACAGGCGCGGGGGUCAAAACAACGUCACGGAGCCUGAAGGAGAAGUGGAAGGGCAAAAGGCAGUUCUUGCUUGAGGUUUCCGGUGGAUUGACUGAGGACAACGCCGAGCUGUACAUCUGCAACGAUGUCGAUAUCCUCUCAACGAGCGCUAUUCAUCAGGGAGUGCGCCACGUCGACUUCUCUCUCAAAAUCAAUUUGGAAAAGGGUCAGGGACCCGAAGUGUCGAGCUGAAGCAAUGAUUACAAAUCGGUCAUGUCCGAAAGAGCCGCAAUGCUUCACAAUGAGCCGGGCUUGAAUCUCGAAUACUUUGUGUAAAUGAAGUUUCCCUAGCGUCUAGGGUUGAGCUGUAUCAUAGCUGGCUGCCUACGCAAUACAUACCUACAUGCGGUGAUUCCAACGUUCCCCAGGCAUCUGUGAAUGUAUGUAGGCAUGUACAGUACUUACAGACUACAGUACGGC